AUACCACCCUCUCCACGUGCAAUGUCUUUGCCGUUCCAUUCUUUUUCCACGCCGAUAAAGAGCCAGCCUGGGACGCCCAUCUCUAAACGGCUCCUCAAGAGCACGCCCGUUGACGCCGAUUCGGAGUAUGCUAGCGCCAACACGUCGUUUGCGGGGAUCAAGUCGGUGCAAACGCCGCUGUUGAACCCGUUACUCAGUACGCCGCUCCGUGACCCUGCGCAGUCGCCCUAUGCCCGGUCGAAGAGCGCUAAAUCCCCGCUCUCGUUCGACCUGAGUGCCAUGAAGAGCCCCUUCAACUUCACGCAGUUUGCCAAGGUGUCACCGUUUGUGUCUGAAAACCAGCGGAGCUCUCCUGUGACCCCAAAACGCACCGUUCUCAGUGGAGUCAAGUCAUCAGCCUUUACCAGCAGUUUUAGCCGCGCUAAGUCGCCGGUUCAUUCUCUGUCACUCCCCCGUCAGUCGCAGCUUCAGUCGCCGCCGGUCUCGCGGGAGACCGUCCCAGUGAUGCUCUUCCCCACCUCUGCAUUAUAUCUGGAAGCACCGCUCGAUUCCCUUCCACUGUCGGCACUAGAAGACAACUUACCCACCGGCGAGUGGUCGCAUCCGUUGAUGGCGGAAGUGCAGCACAACCUCGUGAACAAGGAGAUGGCGGGCCGCAAGCUUGUGGUCAACGUGCUCCUCGUCAUGGCAGUGCACCUUCUUACAAAGGUUGCGAGCUUGCGCCCCAUCCAGGAGUUCAUCUACCACUCGCGAGUCGACUCUGAGCUCCUCGAAGCGGGUACAGCAUUGUGCCAGUACGCAUACUGGGCGCUUGUCGGAUUGUUCUGCUACAAUAUUAUCAGUUGCGCGGUUGUGGUACUUCAGAAACAGGCUCCCAACCCCAAAAUUACCGACCUUACCGAGAAGCAGAGACGAUUGAUGGGGUUGGAAGCCGCAGGGGUGGAUAGUGAGACUACGUUUGACGUCAAGGCUGCAGCCAAGCCAAAGUACCAGAGACACCUGUCGUUUCUGUACAGCGACCGUGCGAAGAGCGUGGUGCCGGCCACAUCCUUCUCCACCUCCAAGAUCAGAGGCACUACCUCGUUGAUGGUGGGCGCCGGCAAGAUUCAAUCGCGCCGCGGGAGCUUGGUUGGUCAGCCCCCUCUCCCGAAGGUGGAGCUAGAGGUGCAAUCCCUCAGCCCAAGUGAUCGUAAGUCUGCGAGGGUGGACGAGGAGCACUUGAAAUCAAAGUUUAUGAAGCGUUUCAGCAUCAACAUUGUGGACGAGGAGGAUAGUGAAGCCGAGGAAUUGGCGAACAAAAGCAGCGCCCAAAGAAGCAUUUUUUCCUAGAAUGUAUAGUUGAUUUUAAUGCAUAACGUUAAGAAACGGUGCG